UGACCGAGAGUUCAUGCAGUAGCCAAUAGGUCUGUAUGCUCAAUUCCAUUUGUGCAAAUGUGGAAGUUUGUUAUGGUGUGUGUGCAAAGAAAGCCAUUAGUAAGGAAAGAAAUGCUGCAGUUCUUCGUGAUCUUUAGCCUCCUGAUUCCUCUCUGUUGCUGUGAUUGCAAUGAAACUUUCACAGGAGGACUUAUUCCUUACGGAGAUGACAUUGGAGAUACAUGCCUUGAUAAUAAUAGUACCAGAAGGGAAUGUAAUGAGACACAAAUGGAGGUCAAUGUAACCAAUAUGCUGCCGUUGGGUGUAAAUUACACUUUCUACGGUAAAAAUUACUCCAAUGUGUUUAUCUGUGAGAACGGACUGAUAUGUUUUGAAGAUUGCGAAGAGUUUUGUAAUAACCAAAAAGAUUUAAAAACGUCUUCAGUUCCUGUGAUUGUUGGAAUCUGGCAAGAUAUAAUUCUUUUUGAUUUUAAUUCCAGUGAAGGCAAUUUUAAAGUCCCUUAUGCUUAUUACAACGAAAGAAUGAAUAAUACUGACAAUUCAGAAUGCUUUACGGAAAGCAAAGAAAAAGUUGAGGAACAUCUUCAACAUGGAUUUAGAGAAAGACUGUCAGAUUUUGAUCCAACACACAUGUUUAUUUCAACCUGGCAUGGUAUUGAGAACACCACUGGCACUAUCCAGAUUGUCAUAGCAACUGAGGAUGGGAAGCAAGAUACGUACGCCUUAUUAAUAUACAACGAUUGGAAUGUGACUGAGGAGCAGAGAAUGCAAAUUGGAUUCAGUGCAGGUUGUGUUGAAAAACAUUUUCGAUUGUCGACUAUUGCUGGUAAUAGCAACAUU